AUGGGAGAAAGCGGCAUUGAUAAGCGGGUCGAAUUCGUCCUGCGGAGGAUCUUCACUGUUUUUGGAUACUCCAAAUUCGACAAGUUUAAAUCGGCGAUCCUCAGCGUUAAGGAGGAGUCCCCUCUUAGGGCGAUUGAAAUUUUCCUUGACGACCCUGAGCGCCCGGUCGUCUUUGCUUAUCAAGGCUCUGGUGAGAGUCUUAUUGCUUCGUGCGAUUGUCCAGCAUCGGUAGCUCAAAUCAAGAAGAAGGUGCUGGUGAUCUGUAGGGCAAAGGCCGGAGUGGAGAUCUCCAUGGACAACAUAGUGGAGGCCAUCCUUGUGCAGGAGCUGUCUAAGAAGCUACUUGAGAAUAUGAACCUCCUGCUGAAUGGCGCGUAA